GAAACGAAUACAAAACACACACGCAAAACAAAGUUACACAAAAACCAGCUACAACAGCAAAAACAACAACUCAUAAUUCAAUUCUUUUCUUUAUCUAUCACCACUGCUUCAACGCUAAGGAACUCUCAAACACACAAAAACAAAAACAAAACAAAACAAAAACAAAAACAAAAACUAACGUUAUUUGCUUUGGUUUUGUUGUCUACCAACAAAUCCAUCAAACAAGAUCAACCCCAUUUCAUCUCAUGUAUUCAAAAACCCAAAUCUAACUUCAAGUUACAAUCUUUCCCUUUCUUUGUCAACUGGGUACCUCUCAAAAUUUCAAUGACUUGUCCCUCAAAUUCAAUCACCUACAAUGGCACCUUUUGUGCUUGCACACCAGGGCAUGUUCUUGACCUUGUGGCAAACACUUGUAACCUCUUUGAUGCUAAUUCAAAUAUCACAACAGAUUCCGGUGUUGAUUACUAUGCACUUAGCAUCCCAGAGACACUCCCUGGCUUUGAUACAAUCAAGAAGUUUACACAGUCACAAGCUGUGUUUUUGGAGGCUACACUUGUUAUGCUUCUUUCUUGGCUUUUCUUUUGCUUCUUUCUUAGGUUUAUGAGCCUUGGUGAUGGCCGUGGUGUUUGGUUUCAGCUUAGAUGGUUUGUUAGUCGCUUGGAUAUUUGCUUUGCUACUAGACAUUGGUUGGAUGAUCAAAAAGUGGUAACCAAACGCAAAACUGAACUUGGUGGAGCUUUCUCCAUAGCAAGUUGGAUACUAUUUAUCGGUUUGUUUGCCGCGUUGCUAUACCAGAUCAUAUCAAAGAGAUCAAUUGAGGUUCAUAAUGUAAGAGCAACAAAUGGACCAGAAUUAACCUCAUUUUUCAAUGACAUGGAGUUCAAUAUAACAACUAUAUCUAGUAUGAGCUGUGCAAAUCUACGCGAUCUCGGUAAUUUAGUUACCGGUAAUCCAGGCUUUAUUGAUGAAAGAGUUGUUUCUCUGUCAACUUUAGCGAACUACUCAUGUCACAAUUCAAGCAAGGGACCAACGAUAGCAGUCAAGUGUAAAAAUUGCAAGCUCAUCUCUGAUAACAUGUACAUUUCAUGGCAGUUUGUUGAUCUCCCAAAUAAUCCUGCCACUGCAGUUGGUUACGAAUUCCAUCUCGCUUCAAUGGAUAGUGCUAAAAAACACGUGAGUUUUGUUAAUGGAACGCUAAAAAAUGGAAGCGCUUUUGAUGAUAGGCCAGUAACAUUCAGAGGGAGGCAAUCGAAUAUUUUGAAAUUCAACUUGUUUCCUCGAAUAUACCAUAAUUUACAUGACCUAAAGCUCAUUCAGCCUUUAUUUCACGAGUUCCUCCCGGGUUCAAUUUUUCGCGAUACAAAUCAACUUCGAACAUCUCUUGAAAAUUCUGUUGAUGGACUAGUUAACACCACGUUGUAUAUCAAUUUUCUCUCUGCUUAUGUUGUGGAGGUUGAUAAACAAAGUAUUUUGGGUCCUGUGAGCUUCCUUGCAGACCUUGGUGGCUUGUAUUGCAUUAGCAUAGGCAUCUUUUUCUAUCUAAUGAUACAGUGUGAAUACAGGAUAAAGAAGCUCAGAAAUGAGGAUAGUGUUUUGCGGUCAAUUAGAAAUCGGCGUAAAGCUCAAGAUAAUUGGGACAAGUUGAGGAAAUAUGUAAAAUACACCUAUGGUUGUCCUACGAUGGAUGAUGAAAACUAUGAUAAAUCUAAAAAGGAACCUAAUUGUGGUGGGUUUAGGUUGCGUUCAGUUCGUGGUAGUGAGUCAUCACGUAAGCGAAGGCUGCAGAGCAAAACAAGUUCUAUAAAUUGGUACACAAAACCGAGUUUACCUGCCAACAAGUCAUUGAUAAAAAAACCGCUUGUAUCUACAAAUGAGUCGAAAAUGUAUUAUGAAAAUACGGAAAAGCAGCAGAUUGUUGGUUCAAGCAGAGAUUCCUCACCGUCUCAACCUCAAGAGUCGUCUAUUAUUGAUGAGAACUUUAUUCCACCUCCACCUUCACUAGAAUGCAAGGGUGGUUCUGAGAUGAACAUGUCAGAUAUUCAGAAUAAUCUCAAAAAUUUGUACGAGUAUAAUGCUAUGUUAAGGGACAGAUUAUUAGCUGCGCAAUCUUUGCUUCACUCUUCCUCGUCACAUCACUCUUCUCAAGAAAAAGGCAAUGGAUCUUAGCAUUUGAGUCUUCUCAUCUAACAGCAGUCCUUAUUGACGGACCAUUCUAUGAUUUUUACAAGUGUGGAUGUAGCUUUACAGUGAAAGUCAAUUCUUGAUUGAAAACUGACCAAAGGGAAUUAAUCAUAGUAAAAUCCUUGCAAUUUGCAAGUGCGAGAAUAUGCUGCAUGGACUUCUUCAAAACCAUAGUAUUCCUAACCAGAUAAUCCUGCAUUGAAAGCUGUUGUGUGUGGGAAUGCAUGCUGAUCCACAUUUUGGUUUUCUCGUGUAUUCUUUGAUGACAUUCUUUGUCACUCCUCUGAAAGUGAUUUUCUAUGUUUAUAUGUGUUUCAUCAAACCUAGUAUAGCCCGGCUAGAGCUUUAUUUUGUGUGAAGCAGUGGCACUGAACUUUAUUUCGCCGAAAUUACUAUUGUGAAUCGAGAGUUAUUCACAAUGUAACAUAAUUUUUGAAUUUUAUUCUUAGUGUAUUUUGUAUGUUAUGAUAUGCCGAGUAAGUUUUAAUUUUCACUAGA